AUGACUGCGCGAAAGGUUACCAAGCAGUCAGGUAGGUCAUUCUUGCCAUCUAUAAUACCAGGUAUUCAGAAGUACCCCCACCAAAAACGAAUUAUCGGCAAGAAAACUUAGAACGCUUUCUUCAAAACCACUACUCGAUUGACAACACACCGCUACCCGUUUCCAAGGUAACUUGCUUUUCCAGGAAAAAAAUUAUUCUACAGGAAAACGGCUAUGCUCAUUUAUCGCGUCGAGAAGAGGCUUCAAAGCCAGUUGUAAAUCGCGAGUACGUGGACAUUCAGGGUACGGUCGUAACGGUGGAUGAGUUUUACCAGUUUGGUAUCCAACGCAACCCUUCUCGCUCGAACGAACCAACUGAAGUCUAUCUGUUUGACUUCGUUGACACACUUUCUGUCUCGUACCCUGUAAAUCUUAGCUGUAUGAACUCGCAACUCCUCGAAAAUUUGCCUCCCUUCUUCCACAGCCCACUCUAUGAACAAAGUCUCUCAACCAUAGCGUCUGGCGUCCUUCAAGAACUUGCCUCCCGAUUAGAGUCCUGGAUGGAUGCUCUUGACCAGCACGAACAGGCGGAGUUCAUUUCGCGUCACCUGGCGGCCCAUGAUGAACUGACGGUCCUCCGGCGGCAGUUUUUCACUCUCCUCAAACACCUAGUCCCGAACAUCGAUUUGAGUGAGGCCUUCGAUCCCACCUCGGCCGAUUUAGACCGACUACUUUUGAGGAUAAUCAGCGAACUUACUAGCUCAGGCAGGAUCAAAAGGCAGCCCGAUCAGUCGAUCCGAUUGCCCCUUGUAUCCUUGUGUCCUGAACCUGGGCACUGUGUGGAAAUUUUGCGGCGACGAAUUUUUACUGUACUUCAGCUGCUCCUUCCUCAGUUACAGCUGCCUGCAGCUUUUGAUCUAGCCAGAGACUUACCCGACCUUAUAAAUGCAAUCUAUUCAUACAAUACCCAAAAUUUUUGA